ACUAUAAAUAGGAGGGAUGAAGCCAGCAGAGAUCAGAUUCUCUCUACAGAGACCUCUACAGCACAGACAUCCAGACAUGGCACCUACAAUCACUUCAGCAAUGACCAACUCUCAGGAACAUCUGACUCUGACACACAAGCUCAGAAAGCCUCAGGUGGAGAAGUUACGCAGAGAGCGAAUCAACAGCAGCAUUGAGCAGCUCAAGUCUCUCCUGGGUCCAGAGUUCCUCAAACAAGAGCCAGACUCCAAGCUGGAGAAAGCAGACAUCCUGGAGAUGACAGUUUGUGUCCUCAGACGACUGCAGCAGCAUCAGAUUGUGAACUCAGCAGCUGUCAACCAGGGAUUCUCCAGGUGUGUCCAAGAGACGACACACUUUCUGUCCAGACAGCAAGUGAACAUGAAGUCCCAGAGAAGACUGCUGAACCACUUCAACAAGCUGCAGCCUUCCUCUGAUAAGAACCUGAGAGAGGCUGACUUCUCUCCUCUGAGCUCCACAGUCCAGACCAGCAACACCAAAGAGAAGAGUCCAGUCAACAGCGCCCCCUGGAGGCCUUGGUAGACACCAACAGACUGGAGUUACUACCAGACAAACUGAGACGACCACAUUGGUCAAAGAAUACUGGACUGAAAUCUAUGAGAUUUUAUGAAAAUGUUUUUCUUCAAUUCUUGUCAUGCAUGUUGCAUGAUCCAAAUCUAAUUGCUUCAACAAUUGUUUUAUAUCACUGUACUUUAUGUAUAGCUGGUAUAUGAUCCGGUUACAUUUGUAAUCCUUUAAUAUUAUUGAUCAUACUGAUCAAAAACAUUGACCUGUCCUAUUGAAGACAUAUUGUCAUCAAGGAUCUUCAUUUGAUAUUUCAUAACUGAUCUGUUGUAAGAUCUAAUUUCUUAUCCUUUCUUGUAAAGGUUUUCUUAACGUCACAUUUUUCUUGUGAUACUUUUAUUACUUCCUGCAUGUGAUACAUGUCUAUAUGUUUGACUGCACAUCAUGUGCAGCAACAAUGUGGAGGUAUUUAUUACCUCUUGAUAAUUGUUAUUGAUUUUGAAUUAACUUGUUCAUUUCUUGAACAUUACUUUGGAUCACUUCAUGUGAUUAUUGAUAAA